UAGUGACGUUUGGGGUUAAGAGUUCAGGCUUCUUGUAUUAUAGUUCGCUAGGGUCCUGUGAGCCUGUCGUGAAGCAGGGCGUGAAUCAGAGGCAGCACCCGUGGUUAAGGAAUUUCCUUAACCACUGGGGAAACACUUCCGGGCCUUGUGUGGGUUCCCUGCCUGUUUCCGCCCCGGGUCUUUGCUGAGCGGCCUUGCUCACAUCUGAUGGCUCCUCUCAUGUUUCCUGCUGUAGUUCUUGUGUUUGGGGAAGUGUCUCCUGGUGCAGUUGCGAUUACCCUCAGAACGGCGGCACCGUGGAAGUACAGACUUUCACAGGGGGUGUGGUCUCAGCUCACACAGGUGCUCCAGAGGCCGGUGGACCUGAGUGGAGGCUGGGACGCCCUAGUGGGCCCCGGGCCCUGGAAGGCGGGUCCCGGUGGCCGGUGGCCCAGAAUGAGGCCAGCUCCCAGCAUGCCCUGCAGCCGGACGUCAGCCCCUCGGCCAGCAGCAGUGGUGACAACGACCCAGUCAUUCUUAAGGCCCCCAAAGAGGAGCCUGGGAGUGGGACCAUGCAGAGCAGCCCCUCCCCUGCUCACCCUCAGCUCCCAGUCCUGCAGACACAGAUGGUGUCGGACGGCAUGACAGGCAGCAAUCCUGUGUCCCCUGCCUCAUCCAGUUCCCCAGCCUCUAGUGGGGCAGGUGGCAUCUCUCCCCAGCAUAUAGCUCAAGAUUCCUCUCUGGAUGGACCUCUGGGGCCCCCGGAUGGUGCCACAGCACCCCUGGAGGGGCUCAGCUUAUCCCAGGCUGCUGACCUGGCUAACAGGGGUCCAAAGUGGGAGAAAAGCCAUGCUGAGAUCGCAGAGCAGGCCAAGCAUGAGGCUGAGAUUGAGACUCGGAUUGCUGAACUGCGGAAGGAGGGGUUCUGGUCCUUGAAGAGGCUGCCCAAAGUGCCCGAGCCGCCGCGUCCCAAAGGUCACUGGGACUACCUGUGUGAGGAGAUGCAGUGGCUGUCUGCCGACUUUGCUCAGGAGCGCCGCUGGAAACGUGGCGUGGCCCGCAAAGUGGUCCGCAUGGUGAUCCGGCACCACGAGGAGCAGCGGCAGAAAGAGGAACGGGCCCGGAGGGAGGAGCAGGCCAAGCUGCGUCGAAUCGCCUCCUCCAUGGCCAAGGAUGUCAGGCAGUUCUGGAGCAACGUGGAGAAGGUGGUGCAAUUUAAGCAACAGUCACGGCUGGAGGAAAAGCGCAAGAAGGCUCUGGACCUGCACCUGGACUUCAUCGUGGGGCAGACUGAGAAGUACUCAGACCUUCUGUCUCAGAGCCUCAACCAGCCGCCGGCCUCCAGCAAAGCUGGCUCCUCCCCCUGCCUUGGCUCUUCCUCAGCCGCCUCUAGUCCUCCGCCCCCAGUUUCCCAGCUGGACGACGAAGAUGGAGACUUCCAGCCCCAAGAGGAGGAGGAAGAGGAUGAUGAGGAGACGAUCGAGGUUGAAGAACAGCAGGAAGGCAAUGACGCAGAGACCCAGAGGCGUGAGAUCGAGCUGCUUAGACGCGAGGGGGAGCUGCCGCUGGAAGAGUUGCUUCGUUCCCUUCCCCCUCAGCUGCUAGGAGGGCCUUCCAGCUCCUCGAGAACCCCAUCAUCUCGUGGUAGUGACACCGGAGAGGGGCCUGAAGAAGGUGGUGAGGAAGAGCCCUCUCAGGUGCUAAAGGUAAAGCCCCCGCCCUCCGUUACACAGCGAAACAAGCAGCCUUGGCAUCCAGAUGAGGAUGAUGAGGAGUUUACUGCCAACGAGGAUGAAGCUGAGGAUGAAGAAGACACCAUAGCAGCUGAGGAGCAGUUGGAAGGGGACGUGGAUCAUGCCACAGAGCUGAGCGAGCUGGCUCGAGAAGGGGAGCUGUCUGUGGAGGAGCUGCUGCGCCAGUACGCGGGAGCCUAUGCCUCUGAUGCCUCUGCCCCGGGCUCAGCCAGCAGCGAAGAGGAAGAGGAGCUGGAGGCCAGCAGCUCUGACAGUGAACCAGAGGGGGCCGCAGAGGAGGAGAGCAGCAGCCAAUCAGACUCCUCUGCGGAGCAGAGCCAGGACGAGGAUGGUGAGCAUUCUGAGGAGGAAGAGACAAAUGGGAGUUCAGAAUCCGAGGAAUCCGAGUCUGACGAGUCUGAGGAGACCCCGCCGCAGAGCCAAGCAGAGGAGGACGAGGACGAUGACUUUGGGGUGGAAUACUUGCUGGCCCGGGAUGAAGAGCAGAGUGAGGCAGAUGGGGGCAGUGGGCCUCCUACCCCAGGGCCCGCCACCACGCUGGGCCCUAAGAAAGAAAUUACUGACAUCGCUGCAGCUGCUGAGAGCCUCCAGCCCAAAGGUUACACGUUGGCCACCACCCAGGUGAAGACGCCCAUCCCCCUGCUCCUGCGGGGUCAGCUGCGGGAGUACCAGCACAUUGGCUUGGACUGGCUUGUGACGAUGUACGAGAAGAAGCUCAACGGCAUUCUUGCUGAUGAGAUGGGGCUCGGCAAGACCAUCCAGACCAUCUCCCUGCUGGCCCACUUGGCCUGUGAGAAAGGUAACUGGGGCCCCCAUUUGAUCAUUGUCCCCACCAGUGUGAUGUUGAACUGGGAGAUGGAGCUGAAGCGUUGGUGCCCCAGCUUUAAAAUCCUCACCUACUAUGGAGCCCAGAAAGAGAGGAAGCUCAAGCGACAGGGCUGGACCAAGCCCAACGCCUUCCAUGUGUGCAUCACGUCGUAUAAGCUGGUGCUGCAGGACCAUCAGGCUUUCCGCCGCAAGAACUGGCGCUAUCUCAUCCUGGACGAGGCUCAGAACAUCAAGAACUUCAAGUCGCAACGCUGGCAGUCACUGCUCAACUUCAACAGCCAGAGACGCCUGCUCCUGACAGGAACUCCCUUGCAGAACAGCCUCAUGGAGCUGUGGUCCUUGAUGCACUUUUUGAUGCCCCAUGUCUUCCAGUCUCAUCGCGAGUUCAAAGAAUGGUUCUCUAACCCCCUAACCGGCAUGAUUGAGGGCAGCCAAGAGUACAAUGAAGGGCUUGUCAAGCGCCUCCACAAGGUUUUGCGGCCUUUUUUGCUGCGCCGAGUGAAGGUGGACGUUGAGAAGCAGAUGCCUAAGAAGUAUGAGCAUGUCAUUCGCUGCCGACUGUCCAAGCGCCAGCGCUGUCUCUAUGAUGACUUCAUGGCCCAGACCACAACCAAGGAGACACUGGCCACCGGCCAUUUCAUGAGUGUCAUCAACAUUUUGAUGCAGCUGCGCAAGGUGUGCAAUCAUCCCAACCUGUUUGAUCCUCGACCUGUUACCUCCCCGUUCAUCACCCCAGGCAUCUGCCUCAGCACCGCCUCCCUGGUGCUUGGGGCCACUGACGUUCAUCCCCUCCAGCGGAUAGACAUGGGCCGUUUCGAUCUCAUUGGCCUGGAGGGUCGAGUCUCUAGAUACGAGGCUGACACGUUUCUACCCCGGCAUCGCCUGUCCCGCCGGGUACUGCUAGAGGUGGCUACUGCUCCUGACCCCCCACCCCGGCCCAAGCCAGUCAAAAUGAAGGUCAACAGGAUGCUGCAGCCCAUGCCCAAGCAAGAAGGCCGGACAGUAGUGGUUGUGAACAGCCCACGCACUCUUCUGGGUUCUGUCCCAGUCCGACCCCCUCCAGGCCCUGAGCUCUCAGCCCAGCCCAGCCCUGGCCCAACCCCUCCAGUGCUGCCAGCACCACUGCUGGUAUCAGCCUCACCAGCUGGACCCCCACCAAUUCCAGCACCCCGGCCUCCUGUUCUUUUGCCCCCACCGCAGCCAAACAGUGGGCCUCUUCCCCAGGUGUUGCCUUCCCCCCUGGGGGUCCUGAGUGGGACCUCUCGGCCUCUCACACCAACCCUGUCCCUGAAGCCGUCCCCACCUGCCCCUGUGCGCCUGAGCCCUGCCCCACCCCCAGGCUCCUCCAGCUUACUGAAGCCCCUGACAGUGCCACCAGGCUACAACUUCCCUUCGGCGGCUGCCACCACCGCCCCUGCUCCGUCCACAGCAGUCCCAGCUCCUGCCCCGCAGCGCCUCAUCCUGUCUCCUGAUAUGCAGGCUCGCCUGCCCUCAGGCGAAGUGGUCAGCAUUGGGCAGCUGGCCUCCCUGGCACAACGUCCAGUGGCUAGUGCCGGGGGCAGCAAACCCUUGACCUUCCAAAUCCAGGGCAACAAGCUGACUCUGACUGGUGCCCAGGUGCGCCAGCUUGCUGUGGGGCAGCCCCGCCCGCUGCAAAGGAAUGUGGUGCACUUGGUGUCAGCAGGGGGGCAGCACCACCUCAUCAGCCAGCCUGCCCACGUGGCCCUCAUCCAGGCCGUCGCCCCGACCCCUGGCCCAACCCCUGUCUCUGUGCUGCCUUCUUCGACCCCCAGCACCACCCCUGCCCCCACUGGCCUCAGCCUUCCGCUUGCUGCUAACCAGGUGCCACCAACAAUGGUGAAUAACACGGGCGUGGUGAAGAUUGUGGUGAGACAGGCCCCUCGGGAUGGACUGACUCCUGUUCCUCCGUUGGCCCCAGCACCCCGGCCUCCAAGCUCUGGGCUUUCAGCUGUGUUGACUCCACGCCCCACAUUAACCCCUGGCCGGCUGCCCACACCUACUCUGGGUGCUGCCCGGGCUCCCAUACCCACAUCCACUCUCGGGAGGCCCGUUCUCAAGCUGGUCCACAGCCCUUCGCCUGAAGUCAGUGCUUCAGCGCCCGGAGCUGCUCCCUUGAGCAUGUCCUCCUCUCUCCCGGUGCCGUCCUCACUCCCUGGGCCAGCCUCUUCUUCAGCACCAGUUCCCAACUCCUCUCCCCUUGCUAGUCCUGUGUCCUCCACAGUCUCGGCUCCAGCAUCGUCUGCACUCCCUAUCUCUGUCGCCAGCACACCUGCUGCCCCCGCCUCCACUCCCCUCACCAUCCCCAUCUCAGCCUCCCUGCCUGUUUCGGCUUCAGGCCCAACUCUAAUUGCCAGUGUGACUCCGACACUGGCACCUGUUGUCUCAGCAGCGCCGGGACCUCCCUCUUUGGCACCAGCUGGGGCUUCCCCAUCAGCAUCAGGCUUGACUCUCGGUUUGGCCACAGCUCCCUCCCUGUCCCCGUCUCAGGCACCUGCUCACCCUCUGUUGUUGGCUCCAGCCUCUUCACAUGUUCCGGGGCUGAGCUCAGCUGCGGCCCCAGCGUGUUCACCUGUCCUGGUGCCAGCCUCCUCCCUGGCCAACUCUUGUCCGGCAGCGCCAAAUCCAGCUCCAGCUCAGGCUUCCCUUCUGGCUCCAGCACCUUCUGCAUCUCAGGCUCUAGCCACCUCUCUGGCUCCCAUGGCGGCUCCACAGACAGCAAUCCUGGCUACUCCAGCUCCUUCUCUGGCUCCUCUUCCAGUCCUGGCUCCAUCACAGACUCCGGUUCCAGUUCUGGCUUCAUCAUCUGCUCCAGGAAUUCCUUUAGCCUCAGCUUCUUCACUGGUGCCAGUCCCAACUCCUGUGUUGGCUCCAUCAUCAACUCAGACUAUGGUACCAGCCAAGGUUCCAUCACCUCUGCCAAGCCCGGCUUCUGCACAAGCACCAGCCUUGCCCCCAGCUUUAGCACCCACUCUUGGCGGCUCGUCUCCAUCUCAGACCCUCUCUCUGGGAACAGGGAACCCCCACGGGCUCUUUCCAGCUCAGACAUUGUCACUGACUCCUGCAUCACCCCUGGUACCAACUCCAGCCCAGACGCUGUCUCUGGCACCAGUACCACCACUGGGUCCAACUCAGACGCUGUCUCUGGCACCAGUACCACCACUGGGUCCAACUCAGACGCUUUCUCUGGCUCCAGCACCCCCUCUGGCUCCUGCUCCGAUGGGCCCGAGCCCAGCUCACAGUUUGACUUUGGCUCCGGUGUCGUCAUCUGCUUCACUCCUGGCCCCAGCUUCAGUGCAAACACUGACCUUGAGCCCAGCCCCAUUUCCAGUGCCCACCUUGGGCCCAGCCGCAGCACAGACUCUGACGCUGGCCCCAGCCUCGGCACAGGCCCCAGCUUCUCAGGCAUCCUCCCUCGUGGUUUCUACGUCUGGCGCUGCUUCCUUGCCCGUCACCAUGGUAUCCCGGCUGCCUGUUUCCAAGGAUGAGCCUGAGACACUGACGUUGCGCUCUGGUCCCCCCAGCCCCACCGCUACCUCGUUCAGUGGUUCCAGGCCUCGGCGCCAGCCCCCACCACCACCUCGUUCCCCUUUCUAUCUGGACUCUCUAGAGGAAAAGCGGAAGCGACAGCGGUCUGAACGCCUGGAACGCAUUUUCCAGCUCAGUGAGGCUCAUGGGGCCCUGGCUCCUGUGUAUGGGACCGAAGUCCUGGAUUUCUGUACCCUGCCCCAACCUGUGGCCAGCCCUGUUGGCCCUCGCUCUCCACGCCCCAGCCACCCCACCUUUUGGACUUAUACUGAGGCUGCCUGCCGGGCUGUCCUGUUUCCCCAGCAACGACUAGACCAGCUGUCUGAGAUCAUUGAGAGGUUCAUUUUCGUCAUGCCUCCUGUGGAGGCACCUGCCCCUUCCCUGCAUGCCUGCCACCCGCCUCCUUGGCUUGCCCCGCGUCAGGCAGCCUUCCAGGAGCAGCUGGCCUGUGAGCUCUGGCCCCAGGCGCGUCCCUUGCACCGUAUCGUGUGUAACAUGCGCACCCAGUUCCCUGACCUGAGGCUCAUCCAGUAUGACUGCGGAAAGUUGCAGACGUUAGCAGUGCUGUUGCGCCAGCUCAAGGCGGAGGGCCACCGGGUGCUCAUAUUCACCCAGAUGACCCGGAUGCUGGAUGUGCUGGAGCAGUUUCUCACCUACCACGGCCACCUCUACCUGCGUCUGGAUGGCUCCACGAGAGUUGAACAGAGACAGGCUUUGAUGGAACGAUUCAAUGCAGACAAACGCAUAUUCUGCUUUAUCCUUUCAACUCGGAGUGGGGGUGUGGGCGUGAACCUGACAGGAGCAGACACGGUUGUUUUCUAUGACAGCGACUGGAACCCCACCAUGGAUGCUCAGGCCCAGGACCGCUGUCACCGGAUUGGUCAGACCCGAGAUGUUCACAUCUACAGGCUUAUCAGUGAACGGACAGUGGAGGAGAACAUUCUGAAAAAGGCAAAUCAGAAGAGGAUGCUGGGGGACAUGGCCAUAGAGGGAGGCAACUUUACCACGGCCUAUUUUAAACAGCAGACCAUCCGAGAGCUAUUUGAGAUGCCCUUAGAGGAGCCAUCAGGCUCUUCUGUGCCCUCGGCCCCUGAAGAGGAGGAAGAGACCGUGGCCAGCAAGCAGACUCACAUCCUGGAGCAGGCAUUGUGUCGUGCAGAGGAUGAAGAGGACAUCCGUGCAGCCACCCAGGCCAAGGCCGAACAGGUAGCUGAGCUUGCAGAAUUCAACGAGAACGAAGGGUUUCCUGCUGGUGAGGGUGAGGAGGCCGGCCGGCCUGGGGCCGAGGAUGAAGAGAUGUCCCGGGCUGAGCAGGAAAUUGCAGCCCUUGUGGAGCAGCUGACCCCUAUUGAGCGCUAUGCUAUGAAAUUCCUGGAAGCCUCACUGGAGGAGGUGAGCCGAGAGGAGCUCAAGCAGGCAGAGGAGCAGGUGGAGGCUGCCCGCAAGGACCUGGACCAAGCCAAGGAGGAGGUGUUCCGCCUGCCCCAGGAGGAGGAAGAGGGGCCCAGGGCUGGAGACGAGAUUUCCUGCGGGCCUGGGGGCGGCAGCCACCGGCGCAGUAAGAAGGUUAAGGGCCCUGAGAGGCCAGGGACGCGCGUCAGUGAGCGUCUUCGUGGAGCCCGGGCUGAGACUCAAGGGACAAACUAUACUCCCAUGUCAUCCACCCAUCAAACCCGCGGCACCUCCACGCCCCCCCGCUGCAGCCCUGCCAGGGAGCGCAUUCCCAGGCCAGCACCCAGGCCACGACCCACCCCUGUCUCAACCCCUGCUGUAAUCCCCGUCCCAAUCCUUGCCCCGACCCCCAUUUCAGCCCCAAACCCAGUCACCAUGCUUCCUGUCCAUAUCUUGCCUGCUCCCCCACUUCCUCCACAGAUGCCCCCCUCCUGUUCCUCUGCCUGCACACCCCCUCCUGCCUGCACACCCCCACGAGCUCACACCCCACCUCCAGCCCAGACCUCCCUCUUAACUCCCACCUCCCCGCUUUUGCUUGGUCUCCCUUCCGUGCCCGUCUUCCCCGCAGUCACCAACCUGCCCUUGGCCUUGGGACCUGAGGCGGAGCCGUGUGCCCAACCGUUGGCAUCUGCCGAGUCCCUGGGGCUGGUUGAGACCAGCUCCAAGACUUCCUCGCUUACUCUCGUGCCCCCUAAGGAUCUGUUGCCCAUGGCUGUUGAGAUCCUGCCUGCGUCAGAGAAGAGCCUUUCUCUGGACCAUUCGGCACCCAGCCCGAUCCUGGAGGCUGGCAGCUUCCCUAGUGGUCCAGAGCAGGAGCUUCCGGAGCCUGCUGAGGGGACCAUCCUCACAGUGCUGCCUGGUGGGGAGGAGUUGCCCCCACACCUGAGUGAGAACAGUGGUCUGGAGCCCCCACUCUCCGCCGCAGCUGAUGAGCCAUUGGAGGCCGACAAGAACUCGGAGGAGCUAGUGGAGGCUCAGACCCCCACCUGUAGCCCAGAGAAACCACAGGAUCUUGUUCCAGCUGAGGUCAUAGCUUCAUCAACUUCAUCUUCAGCCACCUCCUCCCCUGAGGGUCCUUCACCAGCCCGGCCCCCUCGGCGGCGUACCAGUGCCGAUGUAGAGAUUCGGGGUCAGGGGGCUGGGCGGCCGGGGCAGCCUCCAGGCCCCAAAGUGCUUCGCAAGCUGCCAGGACGGCUUGUGACUGUGGUAGAGGAAAAGGAACUAGUGAGGCGGCGGCGACAGCAGCGGGGGACCGCAAGUACUCUAGGACCUGGGGCCUCCGAGACAGGGGCCUGCCCAGGAAGCCCAUCUGCCCACAGCACGUCAGGGCCAGAAUCCUCACCUCCCUCCGCGGGGCUCUGUGAAGCUGCUCCUCACUUCACACUGCCCUCCUCGACCCAGCAGCCCUUCAUAGCUCGCCGUCACAUUGAGCUGGGGGUGCCUAGAGAGGGCAGCCCAGAGAAUGGAGAAGGGAUGCUGCCUGCCCUCACCCCUCCUGCUGUGAAACGUCGGAGGGGGAGGCCCCCCAAGAAGAACAGGUCUCCCGCAGAGGCUGGGCAAAGGGUGGAUGAGGCACCUUCAUUCUCUAAGGGACACAACAACAAGCCCGACGCAGGCACGGAGGUGGAGACCCUGAUUGUUGCCGAGCCUGUCCUGGGCCCCCUGCUUAGUCCAGGGCCCCAGCCUCUCGGACCCCAGCCAGUUCAUAGACCUGAGUCCAUCAUCCUCUCACCUGUGGAGAAGCGGAGGCGUGGGCGGCCCCCGAAGGCCCGAGAUCUGCCCAUUCCUGGGACCAUGUCCUCUCCAGGGGACGGCAACUUAGACAGCCGGACACAGCCACUCCCGCUGCCACCACCCCUACCACUCCUAGCCUGUCCCACUGCUACUGUCGCCAACACUGUCACCACUCUCACCAUUUCAACGUCCCCACCCAAGCGGAAGCGGGGCCGACCUCCCAAGAACCCACCAUCUCCUCGGCCCAGCCCGCUGCCCGUCUUGGACCGUGACAUCUCUUCUGUCCUCGAGAGCUGUGGCUUGGGGAGGCGGCGGCAGCCCCAGGGCCAGGGGGACAGUGAGGGGAGCUCCUCUGAUGAGGAUGGAAGCCGCCCCCUCACCCGCCUGGCCCGCCUGCGCCUCGAAGCUGAGGGGCUGCGGGGCCGGAAGGGCGAAGGGUCCAUGGUGGUGGCCGUCAUUCAGGAUGACCUGGACUUAGCGGAUGGUGGGCCAGGCAGCUUAGAAUUGACACCUCCCUUGGUUUCAUUGGCUCCAAAACUGCGCUCGACCCGGCUGCGUCCAGGGUCUCUAGUCCCCCCACUAGAGACUGAGAAGGUGCCUCGCAAACGGGCGGGGGUCCCAGUCGGCAGGUGUCCGGGGCCAAUAAAGCGGGGCCGUCUGCAGUCCCCCAGUCCCUUAGGGCCUGAGGGGUCAGUAGAAGAGUCUGAGGCUGAAGCCUCAGGUGAGGAGGAAGGGGACGGGACCCCAUGCCGCCGGCCUGGCCCCCACCGGCCUGGGGCAACCAACAACCAAGGGGACCAGCGCAUCCUUCGCAGCAGUGCCCCUCUCCCCCUAGCUGGCCCCACUGCUAGUCACAGAGGCCGCAAAGCCAAGACGUGAAUGGGCCACCCCUCGCCCAGGCUUCCCACCAUGGCCCCUCCCGUGCGUGACCAGGCCGACUCUGCUAACCACUACUUGAAGUCUUUGGAGGGGGAAAGCCUCUGGGGAGAUAGGGGCCUUCUCCCUUCUUUCCACCAAAGUAGGGGGUAGGCAACUGGUUGUCAUGGAAACGGGGCACUUCACAUCCCCCUUCCCUUCCACCCCACAUGGCUGGGCAGUGUUAAGGGUAGCAAGAUGUCUGUCCCCACCCCCUUGUACUUGAUUCCCCAGCUGUCUUUCACAGCCCCCCACGCUUAGGGGAAGGGAGAGGGGCUUCUCUACAAUGAGGUUUUUUUUUUUUUUUUUUUUUUUUUAAGAAGAAAUAAUAAACUUAGUUUCUGUAUGAGCA